GGACACAAAAAACAAGCUUAUACAUACUUUGUUUCUUGCCUUUCAACUAUACAGGUGCCAGACCCAGAUGCAUCUCUUGGGAAAAGUGUAUAUGAGACGUGGUCAGAGAGAGAUCCAGCAGAUGGCGACGCAGACGUGAAAAUUCCCAAACUUGGAUGGCCAUUUGUCAGUACAGACUUUAUUUCCUUCGGUCGACGUGUCGGCACUCCGCUGUUUACUUUUGCCUACAUCAAUGACAAGAGAAACUACUCUCCUCGAGCGAUCUAUCCGUCCUACCACACUGCGUAUGACAACAUGGAUCUGAUGGAGAGGUUUGUGGACCCGGACUUCACUGUUCACCGGGCCAUGGCGCGUAUUUCAGGAGAGCUGGUCCGAAGACUGGCAGAUUCCCUGGUUCUACCUUACGACUGCCGGAAGUACGGGCCGAGUCUGAGUGCCUUUCUGCAAGCCACAGAACAGGAUUUCGGCUCCAUGUUAUACAACCAGGGCAUCAGUAUAGACGCGUUACGUUCUGCCGUGGACAACUACACAUCAGCGGCUGAAGGCUUUCAACGCAGGGUUCAAGCAAUCGAUAGGAAAGACCCUCUCCAGAUCCGGAGUCUGAACGAUCAGAUGGUCCAGGUCAACACAGCGUUCAUUGACAUUCACCAGCCUCAUCAUUUCGAGAAACAUGUUCUCUACUCACCGUCGGGAUGCGCCACAAACCGCAGCGCCGCUUUUCCCGGGAUAGUGAGGACGAUGUGCGGCGGUCCAGUGGACGAUGAAGGAUGGGAGGGAGUAAAAAAGGAAGUGGCAGCGAUAACGUCAACCAUCCAAUCAGCCCGCGACGUCAUCAGUGACGUAGACAGUAUCUUAGGUCCGUCCUGAGGAUGACGUUCACAGGGGAUGUUUUACAAAGCGUGUGGUGGUUACAACACAAUGCACAACUGCAGUGUUUCUGCUUUGCUUUAGGAUUAAAAAGAUCAUUUAUAAGGUUAAGAAUACUUUAGAAACGUGUGAUUAGUUGCAAAGGCUGCGCAUUGUAUUAUUUGCUGUAGUAUUGACACGGGACUGAUAUGUUAAUAUAGAUAUUUGUAAUGCUAAUUUGUAAAGUUCCUUGUUGUGGCACCAAACUUGUGUGCAGCUUUCACAGCUAACAUUUGUCAAUUAUGUGGUCAGUACAGCAGUACAAACUAAUCCAAUCUAAUCAUAACCUCACAUGCACGAUGUUUGUAUUUGAUUAUCUCUUUAGUAAGUGCAAAGCUUUACAUUUUACCUUUUAAGAGUGGAUAAGUAUAAGAAUUCUUCCUAUUCUAGCACAGAGAUGGCUGACUUUGGAUUAGAGCCAUAUGUAGCAUGUCAACAGUGAUAAAGUUCUACCCUUCUAUAUUGAGCUAUUUCAACAUUUGAUUACUAAUUAUGCAAAUGCAUUUAACAUCUAUUCAAUCUAUGUUUCACUGUCGUCAUUCUCGAUUGACACCAAUAUGCCAUUUAGGUUGUCAUCUUAGUGGUAAACUAAGGUAUGAUAUUACCAAGGAGGUUUUUCAACCUCCUUGAUAUUACCUAAUGAUUACGUAAAUCAUAACCUCAUUUGCAUGAUAUAUGUUCUUCUUGAUCCAAUUCAAUAUAUAAUGAGUAUUCAGUAUGACGUUAACGUUCAUUUCAAUAAAAACUACGACAUAUGAAAUUUCAUUUUUGAUUAUGCAACUUAAUCCUAGUUUUUCAUGUGUUUAAUUUUGCCUUUGGCAAUGUUCCCAACAACAUUAAUUCAUGAAUUCUGUUAUUCCUGGGCUAUCCGGAUCCUAUAUCAAAGUUUUAAAGAAACUUUGUAGUCCAAACCAACAUUCUCUCAUGUCUGAGCACAUCAAUCAGUGCUUGUCACCCACAACCAUAGCAUAUUCAGAUCACGAGACAGGGCUCUGCUGCAGUAUUAUAGAAAGACACUAGGAGGCCCGAACUUCUCAUUUCUUUCAUCAUCAUCAUCUUUGGUACUGCUGAGCCCACAAAAAAGCGGAUUAUUAGCAGCUGCGCAAAGUGUUAAGACUAGUGCAAACAGAGGGUAAGAAUGGGGAGAGACGUAGACAUAUGCAAAAGACGGGACAGGUGAAGUUUAGAGUUGUUAUUUACACUAUUUACAUAUGUACAAAGGACAGGGACAGCUCAAUGCAGCGGAGCCCGUCCCAGCUCAGCUUUGAACUGGGAGAGGGACUCCGCCUCCGCCACACAAGGCUCAAGUUCAUUCCACUCUUUGAUGGUCAAGGGAAGAACGAGAGCCUGUAAUAGUUGUUCUUUCUCGCGAUUCUCUGCAGCUUAAAAGCAUGAUUUGUGCGGCGGGAGCAUCGAGCUGCUGGGUCAAGACAAGAGGGUCAAUAUGGCAGACGGUAAGACGCCGCUGAUGCAGGGUGAGGAGACGGGCCCCACAGCUCCUCCUCCAGCCUACGAUGAUGCUGUAUCCUCUCCUCCUCCUCCCCUACCGCCGUCUAACAUGGCCCCACAACAGAACCAAUAUGGCGCCCAGCACACCCAGCCCGGGAGCACCGUUUAUUAUGGAACCAUCCCACAAAGUUCUCAAACAGUCAUUCUCUCUCGCCCUCCCACCAAUGCUGCGUAUCCAGUCCACAUGCAGUGCACCAACUGUGGUCAGCAAAUCAUCACCAACUUAACUUAUGUCACUGGGAUGACAACAUGGCUGGCCUGUAUUGCCAUCUGUGCCUUCGGAGGUUUUCUCGGCUGUUGUCUCAUCCCGUUCUGCCUGGACGGCCUGAAGGACGUACGUCACACAUGUCCCGGAUGUGGGGCUCACCUGGGCACCUUCCGUAAAAUCUAACAAAACCUCUCCAAGUUGACAAACCAGUUAUUUAGAUAUCCUUACAGACCAAAAAUGACAGAUAUGGCAACUUAAUAACUCAAUGCUAUUGAACUCUUCUUCAUAACAGCCAAUUAGGAAUGACCUAUGCAAAUUAGAAAUGGCCGAAGGCCUCUCUCGUGACAUAGAAUGUAAACUCACCGAUCUUGUUGUGCUCUUUUUGUUUACAUCCUAUCCUUUCCAACCAAGAUGAUGUACCGUUUGUUAUAAUUGUACCAUACAUGUAUUUGCCAUUGUUAGUUUUCUCUUCUUUUUGGUUCCGGUGAUGACACUUAUAUCAUCAUUUUGCUAGAAACCAUCAUUACCUUGUCUUGUACCUUCUCUCUUGAUUUGACAUUUUCCAAGUAAUAUAUGAGAUACGUUGAAUGUAAUAUAUGAGAUCACAAAACAAGGCUAACAAAUAUCUCGCAAAGCAAUGAAUGCCAUGAAGUUUGAAGCAUAUUGUAAAUAUUACAAUAGGUUUGAAUGUUUUUAAUGUUAGGUAAGAAAGAACCAUGUACAAAGUUGACCGAUCUGAACUUUGAAUUCAAACCGUGGCUUGAUGUUACUUUGUUUACGCUCAAACUCUUUAGAGUAAGGUAUUGCAUUUAUAUACAGACAAUCAAUAUAUAGAUAGAAUUUCAAGUUCCUAUCGACAUAUCUAGGUAUACUUUUUUGAAAAAUAU